UUUUUUAGAGCAAAAAAAAGGUAACUAUGUCCCUUUAGACUAAUCUGUACUACUUUAUGUCCUAUUAGACUAAUUUUUUCGAAAAUGGCAGUAAUGCCCUUAAAAUUGUAAUUUUUUGAAAAAGAUAAAUAAUGAGUUCGACAAGCGGGAUCGAUCGAUCCAGAUUUACAAGUUACAGUGGAUCGCUCGAUCCCGAUAAUUAUUCAGAACAAAAAAAAACGCGAAAUAUAUACUGAUCGACCUGGUCCAUUUCACUCGAUCGGCGAAGGUCGAUUCCUUACAGAUCGACCGAUCCACUAAGAAUAGAUCGAUCGAUCCCGUGCCCAGGAAAGAAUCCCAAAUCGAUUUUUUUGGUUUUGUAUGAUUAUAUCCGGGUUGAUUCCCACUUGAUUUGAACCGACCAAGCAUGAUUUCAACUUUUUAAGCUCGAUUUCUCUGGGACAAAACCCUUAAUUUCCCAUUCACGAACAAAGGGAGAGAAAAUCAAAUUCUCACCCAAAGUUCAUUAACCCUAACUCACUCAAUUCUCUGAUUUGGACGAUUAUUUGGCCUAACUCAUACAAUUUCGUGAGCUUUUUACGAAUCUAUCACUCUUUAGUUCGUUCUGCAAAGGUAUGAAACUCUAUCUCCACUUCUUUUUAGAGUUUGAAAUUAGAAAGGUAAAAGGUAGAUUUUUGAGUUAGUUAAGAUAUUUAGACUUCAAUCAUGUGUUAAGGUGAUGAUUAGAGAAGAUUUUGUACACAAUCAUGGUUUAAAUCAUAUUUUCGGGAUAGAUUUAGGGAUUUUAGGUUUUUGUUAUUAAUAGAUAUAUGUUGUAUUGUUUUCAAAUUUCAGGUAUGGAGUUGGAGUUGCCUAAUCGUUUAUACGGUGAGGGAUUGGAACCUCAGGUUAAGAAGAUUAAUAACAGCUGCCGACUAAAACUUCUCGAGUUGCUAAAAGAAAAAAUGGAACCAGAAUUCGAUGAAGUUAUGAAAGAUCCCAUUUUUUCACAGAUUAUGGUUAUCCAGAAGAAUGAUCUGAAGUUUUCGGCGAGGUUGGUACACUCUUUUUUGUGUAAGGAGUUGAUGACAAGCAAGAGACAUGAGAAGUGGUUCACUUUCGCUAGGAGACCUCUGCGUUUUGGAUUGCAAGAGUAUCAUGCUGUCACUGGUCUGAAAGUGAAGCGAGAGAAUAACAGUGGGCUAGUGACAUGGAAAGACGAUAAUGGUUUUUGGAGCAAGCAGAUAAAGACAAAUGGAAAAAUAAAUUUGCAGAUCAUAAAAAAGAAGCAUUUGGAAGAGAGCAAUACCUGGACUUGGGUUGAUAGGGUGAGACUGAUAUAUCUUUGCGUUAUUAUGGGUGUGGUGAUGGGAAAGGAUGAGAAGGUGAAUAUCCCGCAUCUGUACAUGAAGUUGGCGAUGGAUUUGGAGAAGCUUCGGAAUUAUCCAUGGGGUCUGUAUUCGUUUGAUUUCCUUCUGAAGCAAAUUGAUAAAACAAGGCAUAAAUUAGAGCAGAAAGAGGGGUAUCUGAUGGAAGGAUUCUUGUUUGGUUUCCAAAUUUGGAUAAUGGAAGCUGUUCCUGCUUUAGGAGAGAUUUGUGGCACAAAAGUCAGUAAAGAUUUUACAGGUCCACUGUGUGGUAAUUGGAGAGGAUGUGCAAAAUGUUCUUAUGAAGAUAUCAUUGGCGUUGAGAACUUAUUCCCAGAAAACGGAAUUUUGCAUUCAUUCAUGGAAUCCCACAUAGAUGGAGUGGUCCUUUUGGCAACUGAUUUUGUACAGAAGGAUGAGAAGAAAGAUGAAAGAGUAGAUCGUAUUUUAGAUAUGAUCAAUAGUAAACAUGAUUGGAACAAUCAUGUUUGGGGAGUAAAAGAAGGUACGAACUCUGAAUUUGAGGAAUCUGGCGAAGAGAAAGGAGAGGAUCAAACAGCUGAUACUGAGAGAGGUGAAAAUAGUCAUGUUGCAGGGAAUGUUGAUGGCACAGCUGAUGUUUCGGGAAGAAACAAGAGAAAGCAUGCAGACCGAGGAGCAGAGUCAAGGAAAAAGAAUGUUUUGUGCCACCUAGCUGCUUCAUCAAAAGGAAAUAUUGACACAGAUAUGAAAAAUUUCUUGGAGGAUCUGGUACAAGCUUCUUUUACUGCUUUUGGGGAGAAAUUCUGUCAGCAGUUCUCGGACAGGUUGGGUAAGAUUGAGACUGAGGUUACACAACUCAGGACAGCUUCAGAGAGAACUGAGCAAUUUGAGACCGUUGUAACCGACAGAUUGGGGAAAAUUGAGGCUGAGGUUACACAGCUCAGGACAAGUUUAGUGGUGACUGAAUUGGUGGGAAAGAGUGAUCAAGCAAGCGGUCCUAGCUUGACCAAAAUCAACAGUGGUCCUAGCACCAGCAAAAAAGGAACUGCUCCAACAAAGAAAAAGGCUGUAAAAAACCAAGAGUUAAAGACUGCUGAUUCGUGUGUCAAUUUACCUCGUGCAAAAGUUACUCAAUCAUCAGCUAGUGAUCUUCGUAUGGGUACACAAGAGUUUUUGGAAAGUUGCAUGAAGAACCUUCCAUUAGACACAUUUGUGAAAGGUUUGAAUCCUUCUCAAGCUAAAGUCGAAGAUUCAUUGGAUUGGUUGGAACUUCCUAAAUCAUUGAAGAAGCCAACAGAUUCAUUGGAACUUCAAAAAUCAUUGAAGAAGCCAGCGGUCCGAUUAGAUGACCGAGAUAUAGAGCUAGACGGCGAAAAUUUCCCUGAUCGCUGCUUGGUGUUUGUGCAUCCUACAGAUUUUAAGAAGAUGCAGGACUGGCAAGAUACACGAACAGCUAUACAGAUUGGUCCUUCUAUGUUAGACGGUGAUCUAGCCGGACGUAUUAUGUCUGCCAGCAGUUGGCUUAAAAACUACGAAAUUGAUGCUAUAAUGUAUGUUUUCCGGGAAAGAACAACAUUGAAACGAUGGAACGUAGAUCGUGUUGCUUUCAUGACAUGCGUCUUCAGCGACCUCAUUGCUAAGGAUUACCAGAAUUUCUGUAAGGGAAUUAAAAAAUACACUAUGGAUCCAUUACUACUGCAAUACGGUAAAGGUGAACUGCCUUCCCAUGGAAGAACACAAAUGUUGUGGAAUGUCGAUGUGGAUCGGAUGUACGUUCCUGUCUGGGUCAAUUGCAACCAUUGGAUUGCUUUAUGCAUCAGUUUUGUGACUAGGAAUAUCCAGGUGUUUGACUGCGGGGGUAAAAAAAAAAUCAAGGAAGUGGAAGCUUUCGCGCAGCUUAUUCCUCGGAUUGUCAAGGCCGUGCAGUCAUUGACAAUACAGAAGCAUCUCCACAUCACUCCGUACAAUGUUUCCUAUGUACCUAUGAGUGGUCUUAACCGACUUCAAUGUCAUUGUGGUGUGUACACUAUAAAACACAUCGAAUGCCACGUGCUUGGGUUGGACAUAUUUAUGGUGAAUGAUGAGAACAUCUGGGGAGCUCGGAUAAAGAUUAUGUGGGAUCUAUGGGAAGCAGCUAAUGAUCUAGAACUGAUUGAGAGAAUGUCAAAGUAUGAACCUAUUAAGUGUAGUAAGCCUGCCGAGUAUGUUGAGAUUGAUGAUUUAUGAUUUAUUGUUGGUUAUGCUUUUUUAAACUUAUUUUGUAAUGAUUUUAGGAGUUUGUGUUUUA